AGAGUCCCGUCCAGGUCCAUUGCCUGCUCUUUCCAGCUUCCGGUCCGAUGCACCUUUACUAGAUACGUGGUCGCCCCGAAGUCUAUCUGUGCGCCUUGCUCUCGGUAUAUCUUGUCUUCGCUGCCCCGGAUUCGUGUGUUGGAACCGUCAAUUGCGCAAACGACACUGGCCAUUGCGUGUGUUGGGGUGAUAAAAACAACACAACAAAUAGCCCAACAGCCACCGUUUCACUCUCCCUCUGCUGUUGCCUGGGCCUCGCUCCCACGACAGCUAUCCCCACCUCUCGAGGCUUGUCGACGACGACGCUGCUUAGCGUAACGGCUCGGGAUUGUGCCUUACCGAACCGCACAAAACUUCCCUCGCGGCUCCUUCACCACGCCGGAUCACCACUACGCCCUGCGACCUCUUCGCUGAAGCAUCCACACACUGAGCCAUCAUGUCUGGCGCAGGUCCUUCUCUGCACCCCGGCGACUGGCCGUCGAGGGCUGUCUUUCAGUUCCCUCCCGACGCUGCGCCCUCGCCCAUCCCACCUCCGUGGACCGGCGAGGCGACGUUUGCAAACCCAUUCCCCAUUCCCGAGGACAUCUACCAGGGCGCCUUGUCCUACAAAGUCCCGCUGACCAUUGCCUCUGUCUACUUUGUCACCGUCACCUACCUCAACUGGUACAACCGCCAACAUGGAAACAAGCCGUGGAGGAUCGCCAAAACCCGACCCUUCUUCGCGUUUGUCAUCUUCCACAACGUCUUCCUGGCCGUCUACUCGGCCAUUACCUGUGUCGCCAUGAUCCGCUGCCUCAAGCGCUCCUUCCCCCACUACAGCGAGCCCAACGCCGUUGUUGGCACCAUUGACGCCCUCUGCAAGAUCCACGGCCCCCGUGGACUUGGCGACGCCGUCACCUUCAAUAACACCAACGACUCUUGGAGCAGUCUCAACCCAAACAUUGCCCUGGCAGCUAGCGGUCUUCCCGACAGCUCCGAUCUUGGUAGGAUCUGGAAUGAGGGGCUUGCUUUCUGGGGCUGGUGGUUCUACCUCUCCAAGUUCUACGAGGUUCUCGACACGGCCAUUAUCCUCGCAAAGGGCAAGCGAAGCACCACCCUCCAAAAGUACCACCACGCCGGUGCCAUGCUGUCCAUGUGGGCUGGUAUGCGCUUCAUGUCCCCACCCAUCUGGAUGUUUGCUCUGGUCAACUCUGGAAUCCACGCUAUGAUGUACACCUACUAUACCGUAUCAGCCCUCGGCUACCGCGUCCCCAAUAUCGUCAAGCGAACCCUCACCACAAUGCAAAUCACGCAAUUCCUCGUCGGUUCCGCCUUCGCCGCUGUUCACCUCUUCAUUUCCUACACUGUCCCCGUCUCGGUCGCAUACAAGGUUGCUGAGAAGGUUGCCCAGAAGACUGCUCCCGAGGCGGUCGCGUCUACAGUCUCUUCUGCAGUCGCCUCUGCCACUGAGUCUGUUGCCGAGGCCUUACCUACCGUAACUGGCGUUGCCGUUGCUUUCCUCAGGAAACUCAUCUACCGCGCAGCUGGUGACGAGGGUCUUGCGGAGAACAUUCCCGUCCCUGGUCACCCCGUUCCAGUCCGCCAGCAACAGCCACUACAAGAGGUAGCCUCUGCGGUGCCUACUCCUCUGCACAACGCAGUACACAACUUGCUUCAUCCUCACGAGACUGUCGAGAAGACCUUCUACCGCACCGAGUACCAGACUGUUCCUUGUGUCGAUACUUCCGGACAGGCUUUCGCCAUCUACGUCAAUCUGAUCUACCUCGCCCCUCUCACCUUCCUCUUUAUGCGAUUCUUCUUCAAGUCCUACCUCCGCCGCUCAUCUCCCAAUGCUAAGCGCUCGAAGCCCCGCACCAUCUCCGACGCAGCUGGCGAUGCUAGCCGCAAAGUAGAGCGUGAACUCGACUCGCUAGACAAAUCAGCUGAAGAUGCCAUCUCUUCGGGUGUGAACAUUGCUAGGGAUGCUGUUCGUGGAAGGCGGCCGGUCAAUGGCAAGGUCAAGGACGAGAGGCAAGGUAGCAUGAGCCCGGCCAACCAAAAGUUCCUGGACAAUGUCAGCCGCAGAGUCAGCCAGAAGCUACAUGAGCUUGACGAGGGUGCCGAGGCUUCUGCCCAAAAGGCAAAGCAAAUUGCCAGGGAGGUUGUUGCCAAGGCCGAGCAGGCUGGCCACAAGGUCGACCAAGCAUACGAAGACAACGAAGAGGAUGUGGCUGAGAAGGCAACGAUGAACGGCAACCAUCAAAACGGUCUAACGGAUGCUGAAGUCGCAAGGCCCGAGUCGGAGCCCGAGCCAAAGGACAUUAACAACACAUUGAAGAAGGGUGAUAGGCUGUUCUAGAUGACAGUUGCAGCACUGUCACAAGCAAAUGCAUCCAACCGAAAGGGGACGAAGUAGUCUCGAGUUUAGCGGAUCCCAAAGUUUGGUUGACGCCGCACUACUGCUACCAACAUUCGGCUCGGAGUUUUUUUCACCAUGUAGUACCGACUUUUGAGCGCUGUAUUAGACCUGGUUGAGAGAGACCCAGACUUUUCUUCUUCAGGCUUAAACCUCCCUGGCAUAUUUGCAAAGGGCGUACGGAGAAGAAGGAGCAAAAAGCGUUUUGGAGAAUCAUGGCGUACACAAUUUUUUAACAUCUUUACAAUUAGGGCUGGGUGCUAUGAACUGGACAGGAAGGGGCGAAUUGUGGAGGGUUGUACUUUUUUUUUGUAUUUAAAAAAUCAAGGUCCGUGAAAGAUGGAAUGGAAAUGGGCCCAAGCCUUUGUCUUUUAUUUUUCAAAAUAAUCUAAAUGCAAGAUUAAUUUCUUACAA